CUUAAUGGCAGUAAAAUUAAGUCCAAUGAUAAAGACGAUUGAUAACUGACCAGUAGAGGCGCAUUCUUCGCUUGGAAGGAAGUUUGGCACCAUGUACGCAAUAGGUCUAGUGUUGGUGUUAGUAGCUUCAGCCAACGCUGGGAAACAUGACCAGUAUUCAGGCUACUCAGUGCACGGGGUCAAGCUGCGAGACGACUCAGACAAGGUCUUCAUCACGGAGUUGACCGACAGCCUGGACUUGGACGUGUGGCAAGAUGGCGUUGCUGGAGAGCGCGAUGCUUUGGUUAUGCUGGAACCGAACAGCAGGCUUGCUGUGCUGGACGAACUGGACGCGCGAGAGAUCCAGCAUUAUUUGCAUUUACGGGACGUUGCGCAGGCUUUCGAGACUCACGAUGAACAGAUCAAUCAGUGGAAACAGAGCAGGAGUGGCAGGCUGGUGCCUUUCAACGACUACCCCCGCUAUGCAGAGGUAGAUGCAUAUCUGGAGACGAUAGCUGCCCAAUACCCAGAGCUCGUCACCUAUUCAGUCCACGGCAUCAAGCUGCGAACACAAUCCGACAAGGCCUUCAUCGAGGAGCUCACGCAAAGCCUGGAUUUGGACGUAUGGCAAGUUGGAGUCCCUGAAUCCCGUGAUGCUCAGCUCAUGCUGUCGCCAGAAGACCGAGUUGCUGUACUGGACGACCUAGACAAGCACGGCCUUGAACAUUAUCUGCAUGUGGCUGAUGUUGCUAAGGUUCUGGAGGCUCACGAAAAAGAAGUCAACCAAUGGAAGCAGAGCAGGAGUGGAAGGCUUAUGCCCUUCAACAACUACCCUCGUUAUGAAGAGGUUGACGCUUACUUGGAACAAAUAGCUGCCCAAUACCCAGAGCUGGUCACUCUUGUAAAUGCUGGACAAAGCUUCGAAGGGCGGGACAUCAAGUACUUAAAGAUCUCAACUACAAACUUCACUGACACCUCCAAACCCGUGUACUUUAUGGAUGCCAUGAUGCACGCUCGGGAGUGGGUGACCACCCCGGUCACUCUCUUCUCCAUCCAUCGCCUGGUGGAGGACCUGAGAGAUCAGGACAGAGACUUGCUGGAGGACAUCGACUGGAUCAUCUUGCCCAUGACCAACCCCGAUGGAUAUGAGUACUCGCACACAGACGUGAGACUGUGGCGUCGCACGCGCUCUAUCAACUUGGAGGUGAGCACGGAAUGCGUGGGCGUCGAUGCGAACCGCAACUUCGACGUCAAUUGGAAUACGACUGGGGUGUCCCAAAAUCCCUGCUCUGAUGUCUACCCAGGUACUGCGCCUUUCUCCGAAUCCGAGACGAGGAUCGUUCGGGACAUCAUCGCCGAGAACCUGGACCGAAUGGAGAUAUUCAUGAACAUCCACAGCCAUGGAAACUGGGUGUUGUAUGGCUUUGGAGACUACACGCUCCCGCCCAACGUCAUCCAUCUCCAUGUGCUUAGCGCUGCCAUGGGAGCAGCCAUGGACGCCUUGAAGCUGCCAGCAGCGGAGUGGUACAAAAUUGGGAACAGCGCAAUGAUUUUGUACACAGACUCUGGCAGCGCGGCCGAUUAUGGACAAUUCGUGGGCGUCCCCUUCUCCUUAACCCUGGAGCUGCCAGGGUACGGUAAUGGAUUCCUGGUGCCGCCCCAGUACAUCGAGCACAUCAAUUUCGAGACCUGGGAAGGCAUCGCGGUCUCCGCGCGGCUGGCCAGAUCCUUCUAUAGAGCUCGCCAGUAGAGUGUAAUAAAAAGUAUUUAAGAAUU